GUGUAACACCCUUCGGCGUGUUUUAGUCAUAUCCUCUUAAAAACAGGAGGAAUUCAGAGAACGACGGCAAGACGGGCCGUUGUUGAGGCAUGAUGCUGUGCUUACUAAUGGCAGCGGUCUUAUCGCUGCUUGGAUAUGCGGCGCCACAGAUACCGGAUAUGCCUUCUGUAAUGGACCUAGUGGACAAGAUUGGUGACAAGCAGAUUCUAUCUGUUGGGGACUUGGAUGACUAUACACAGAGCCUUCUCCAACUAGCCCAAAUUCACAUGGCAAAGUCUUUUUCUGUUGAAAGUAGACGCUACAAAAGGGCCCUCGAUUUGGUUUCCGUCCGAGUAAAUGCAACUGAGAGUUUCGUACCGCCUAUGGCAAAUCCUUCAGUGUUUGAUACAGCCGACUUUGUUGGAGUAACUAAUAUGCGCGUCUUGUAUACUCCAGAGAAGGAAUAUUGGAUUUUAGCAUACAAUGGCACCCAGAAGUCCCAUGCAGUACUUGAAGUAACGCCAAAUCUCAACCAGUUGAGGCUCGUUGGAAAGUUUACAUUAACUGAAGAUCUUGCUGAAAUAAAAAAUGUAACGGCUAGUAUUGUCGACGAUAAUAUGUGGAUAGCCAUGGCAUCGACCAACAACUUGGUGUCAAUAAUUGCCGUGGAUCUAAUUUCGGAAGUUGCCGAAACUCCCCAGGUGAUUGUAGCUGAUGCUGCAGUAGGAGGACUCCACAUGUUCAAAACUGGUGGCCACUUAUUCUUGGCAGUGGGGGCAAAUGAUCAAGGAUCUCGCCAGGAGGAAAUAAAAUCUAGGAUUUACCAGUUGGUAGGCCAAUAUUUCGACCAGCAAGAUGGCCUUGCCCUCCCAAUUAAAAAUGUAACCGACAUAACUGGAUUUGCUUACCGGAAACACUACUACCUAGUCUUCGGCAUGACUCACUCGGAGGGCUCGCAUGUGUAUAAAUUCAACGCAGAGCUGAGGACUCUAACACUAGUCCAACAGUUGCCUGACCUUGAUGUAUAUAGUGUUCACUACUUCCAUGAACAACAAGAAAAUAGACACUACAUCAUUAUGAAUAAUGGGGUAGAACCAAAGCUGUAUAGAUGGUCAAAUGAGCAGCUUCUCUUGUGGCAAGAACUGAACAAGGGAACAGUUGCCGACCCAGUAGGUAGUAUACAAACCUUCACAUUUUCAUCGCUAGAAUCCAUCAUUAUGGUUGCUUAUGGUAGUAAAGUCGUCUUUUAUGCUGAUGAUGUCUCGGCGCACUUCAACUCCAACUUUGUCAUGCAUACAAAUUGCAACAGCAUAGGGGACAUUUCAUUGGUUAAAAUAAACAAUGAUUAUGUCAUAACUUAUGUUUGUCAGGAAAGUAAAACUAAAUUGGUACUAAAGACUAGACGUGUUGUCAUGGAUUACAUAGAUCUAGAGAAACCUACAGACGAAACUGACCACCUCCUUAAGUGCCUCGACACUCUCAAAAUUGACCUUGACUCUAGAAAGCCAACCAUAGAACAAUUAGAAGAGGUCGUUACAACUGACCUCUUGAUGACGAUUGAUAACUCUCAGACUUGGCAUGGACCACUAACCUUUAGUGAACCACUGAUGGUAAAUGGGCCUGCAACUAUACAACAAACCAUGAAUAUAAUGGGCGAUGGUAGUGCACAACCACAAGAGGAAACGUAUGACCUCUUCCUGACUAAAACAGAACAUCUGGAGAAUGAAGUCUCCAACGUAGACUCUAUCAUGGACAGCAUCCUUUAUCAUUCCAAGGAUCAAUCUAUCCUAGGAUCCAUUGUAGCAACUCCACUUACAGUGGAUUACUUUGAAUCUAACUCGACAAGGCUUACAGUGUUGAAUGGAACGCCCCUACUUGGCUUGACUCGAGUAUUUAUGAUUGAUGGUAUUGACCAGGAUGUAGAUCCUUCAAUGUACAUCAACACCAUGAAGACUGAUGUCUUCAAUACACGGGAUGGAGCAGGUUCUGCUACCCUUAAUGGAGUACAAACAAGCCAAUUCAUGAGGAAGAACCUAGCUUCCCAGGUUGUAACUGGUAAUUUCAACUAUGAAGAAAUUGGUGUACAAAGCGUCGAGGGAUCGACUACUACCGAUGAGUCUCUAUUAGUUAAUGGCAUAAACACAAAUGCCAUUGUAACUAGAGGACAAAAUGUUACUUUCCUUAAUAAAAAGAAUUUCCAGAACUUGAUCAUUCAGGAGGACCUAAACAUCGACUUGCUUAAUGAAAUUGACCUCUCUAGCCUUGCUGAAGACCUUGUAUAUAUAAAUUUGUUCAAGCCCCAAAUUUUGGAUGGUCACUUCACUCUCCAUGACCUUAAUGUGGAUGGCAAUGUUGAUGUAAAACACAUUAAUGAUGUAAACAUGAAAGAACUUAAUACCAUGGUCGUCAAAACUUCGGGAGACUUCACAUUAUCUGGUGAUGUAACCUACCAGAAAGACUUUGGUGUGUCUGGAAGCAUGACCAGCCCAAAACUGAAUGGUAUUGCUAAGGAAAACAUUGUUGAUCUCCAGACCCCUCACAUCCAAGGCCACUAUACCUUUACAAAUGCUAAUGUAAAAACUUCUAUAGAAUGCAAUAACAUAAAUGGAAUUGACAUGAAUGUUGAUGUGGUCACCAUUGAUGCUGACCAAACUAUAAAUGGUCGACUAACCUUCAUUGAUGACGUGUUGGUUAGUGGGUCGGAAGGAGUACAAAUGAUUGACACUGCUACUGUAAAUAACCUCCACCCAAAGAGCCUCGAGACCUUCGACGACCAAGGGAACCUCCUCAUGAAGAUUAAUGUUACCUUUACUAACACUCUACAUGUACUGGAAGAUGUUGCUGUAGAUGUUAUUAAUGGUCUGGAUAUGAGUGGCAUUGAAGAUAGAUAUUGGAGGAAGAGCACGAACCAAGUGGUCUCGGUGUCGCCUGUUCUAGAGAAUGCUAGAUUCAAAGCUCCUGUGACAGCAGUGUCAAUAAAUAAUAAUCAGAUGGAGGACUACCUAUCUGUGACUGGACCUCAAACCAUCGAAGGAACCUAUACAUUCCAGGGUUUGGUGAAUAUAGCUGGUAACCUCAACAUGAUGGCAGGAAAGGCUAUAGAUAAUGUGGACGUGUCGGCGCUUAAAAGUAAUUUGGUAACUCUGGCUGACGACCAAACUAUCAGUGCUCAAACGAGCUUCGCAGGAAAAAUAAGCACCUCUGGUAGCUUGGACUUGGAUGGCAAGUUGAAUGGAUGGGAUUUGAAUCAAGAUUUCAUGAGACUUGACUUGUCCCUGCCACACACAGGUAACCUAAACUUUGUGGACAAAACUACUGCAGCAUCUCUGAGUAUAGAUAGUGCAGAUCUAGUGGUCCAGAGCCUUAAUGGCAUGAAUGUGAAGUCUGCAGUGGAUGACUUGGUCAUUGUAUCCAGUGAUGCAACACUUGCUGGGCCCCUGAAGUUUACAUCUAGUGUAAAUGCUAAUGACCUCUUCGUUAGUGGAACUGUUGAUGGUGUUGAUGUGACGGAUCUUGUAGACCGCAGCCUUAAGAAGACUUCUGCUACACCACAGGCAGUAACGGGGGCAAUAACGGUGAACAAGGGAGUUCACUUUGAUCAGAGCCCAUCUUUGACCAUGGUUAACAGCAAGGACUGGACCACCUACCUUAGCAAGGUUGUGCCACAAAAUUACAAUGGUGCAAUUGGCGGAAAGAAGACUUUCACAAAGCCAGUAUCUAUAUCCGGCAACUUCAACCCAACUACACUAAACGGGUUUAGUGUAGCUCCACUAUCGGACAGAAUACUAACGAAGAGCACAAACCAGAAUGUUGGCAGCAAGUACAACAUAAAUGGCAAUCUUGCAGCAAAGAAUGUUAAUGCACCAGAAAUUGAUGGUGUGAACACUGCAAACUUGGUGUUGGUGGAUCAGGCCAGACCCAUAAGUGGAUUAGUUAGUUUUGCUGAUAACUUGGAAGUGAAAGAUGUAACAUCAGACUUGGGAGUACUUGAUGGCUGUGACCUCCUUCAGCUAAAUGGAUCUACUGUAUGGAGAUCAAAUGGUGGAAAUAUAGAAUUGUCCUUCCCAAUAACAAUGGAAUCGAUAGAUGUUGGACAAGAUGUAGCAAUAAAAGCUGGUGUCAAAGCAGGCACACAGGAACUGAUGCACUUCCUUAACAUGCUUGUCUUGAAGUCUUCAAAUCAAGAUAUCUUGGGUGAAGUAGAGUUCAUAACCGACAUUAAACUAACCAAUUUGGUGGCAUCAACUGCUGAUGGAGUCGACAUUGACAACCUGUAUGCUGUAACAGUCCUGGAUAACAAAGAUAAUGUCAUAAAUUGUGAUGUUGCCUUCACAACCGACUUGAACUCGCAAGUCUUGACUGUGGAAGAGGUUUCUGGUCUAAGUGCUCAAGGCAUACUAAUAGAUUCCUUGAAUGUGACUGAAAUCGAUGAAAAAGCAGUCCUUAUCAAGGGAGGAUCUUAUUUGAUGACUGGUGACAAGACUUUCACUAGUGGUUUAACUGCUGGUGGAUUGAAAGUUACAAGAUCACUGGGUGGCAUACCAGUACAAGACUUGGUGGUAGUUUCUGCAACUGGUCAACUAGCAGAUGAAUUGCUCUUCAGAGCACCUAUAACGGUCAAAGGAGAUCUUGAGGUGGAUGGAUUGAUUGAUGAUGUUGACCUAGAGCAACUUCUAAUGGAUAGAAUCCGACUUGACACUCAAGAGACUCUAACCUCUUCUACAAGCUUCGAGGGAUUAAAAGUGGAAGGUGAUCUUGUGGUUGAAGAAAUAGAUGGCGUAAAAUUAACAGACAUUGUACUGAAGUCCGGAAGAAUUCAGCAGGAUGUUACUGGGCCCAAGACCUUCAAUGGAGGCUUCAAAGUGGAAGGCAAAAUCCAGGCUACUCUAUUGAAUAAUGUGGAUAUUCCAGCAUUAAAUCUAAACGUCGUUCGAAAGGAUAGAUCGGCUAAAAUUGAACACAAUCUGGUCUUCGAGAUGGCUGUAGAAGCAAACACUGCAAUAGAUGUCACAGGAGAAGUAAACGGCUACAAGUUAUCAGAUGUGAAUUAUCCCCCAUCAGUAUUGAACCAGAACAUUAUCAAUCAAAGUACUAGGUUGUACAACCUCAAUAGCACCCUCUCUAAUACCUUCAUUGACACCAAAGCUCUUGCCUGUGGCAUGUAUGAAACACUGAUGUAUGGUGAGCUGCUUAAUGUUGAAGAUGUAGCAAUAACUGGAAAAAUGAGUGUUGGUGCCUUCGGUGGAACUGCCUUUGUGGCAGUAAGGGAGUGCGAUGUCCUAUGCACAUGCCCUAGUCAAUACUCCUUCUACCAUGUGUCAAAUAAUGGCGACUUGCUACAAGACUUCAAUGAUACAAAUUCUGCUUUCAUCUUCGAUACAGAGGGUUAUGAAGGGACUGGUGUUGUGAACAAUUGCACAGGAGAAACUGUAGUGAAGACAUUGCAGCUAACCGAUUCCAGCCACCCUGUUGGGAACUUGGGUGCUAUAGCAGAUGUUGCAGUCUUCACAGUAAAUGGUGUCCCUUACAUAGUGACUGCAAGCACAAUUGCAGAAGGAAGUUUUGGAUCUUCUAAGAUCCAUGUAACAAAGUUAACCUCUACACCAGUAGUCAUCUGGUCCUUGCAGACUUCAUAUAGUGCCUCAACAGUGGAUGUAACCUUGAGUGACAAUGGAUGGUUGCUGUUGGUUGCAAAUCACAUGGCCUCAAAUGAUUCGGUAGAUCCCUUCACUGCACCAUCACAGUUGUACUUGUGGUCAACCACUGAGGAAAAGUUUAACCUUAUUGGCGAGUACAUUGGUCAACGGGUUACCUCGGGCAUCUUCCUAGAUGCAAAGGGUGCUCUCAAAGAGCGAUACUUCUCUCUAGCACAGCUGCAGGCUUCAGAUUCGCCUGUAUCUGAAGACAAUGUGAAAUAUACAACAGAUGUAAUGGUAUUCAAGUACGGCUUGUCUGGCUACCAGCCUUACCAGAGGCUGCCCUCGUAUGGUGUGGUUGCUCAGGAAUCGAUAUACAUUGGGGAUGAUCUCUACUUGCUGUUGCUCUCUGAAUUUACACAUACAUUGGAUGUGUAUGAAAAUUCUCCAACCGAAGGAUUCCGUAUUUAUCAAAAGAUUCCGGUAUGCCGCAACCCACUUGAUGUAAGGAAGAUUGUGGUAUCCUUCAAAGACCUCCUACUGGUAUCUUGCAAGGAACCGGCCCAAAUUAUGAAGAUCCAGUUUUUGACCAAAGGAUUCACAUACAGAGAAUAGACGAAGGGUGUAAAAAUUUAAUUUAUGAUUUUUAAAAUAAUUCAAACAAUAAAA